AUGGAGAGAAUCGAUGUUCAUGCUCAUUGUGUUCCUCCCAUCUACCGGGAGGUCUGUCUUCAUAAUGAGUUUGCAGGCAAGGGUCAUCCUGACGGGAUGCCAGGGAUACCGGAAUGGGAUCCAGAGUCCCACAUUAUCAUGAUGAAAAACAUUGGGAUCAGAAAAUCCAUCCUCAGCAUGUCAUCGCCGGGCACACAUCUGUUUCCUGGAGAAGAUCAAAAGGCACGAGACUUGACCAGAGCAGUAAACGAGUACAUGUCGAACGUGUGUCUACGAUACAGAAAUUCUUUUCUCUUUUUUGCAUCUCUUCCAUUGCCAGAUGUUCAAGGAGCCUUGAUGGAGAUCGACUAUGCCCUUGAUCACUUAGGCGCCGUGGGAUUUCAAAUUCUUACAAAUUCUCAUGGCAUCUAUCCUGGAGACCCACGAUUCAACCGAGUCUUCGAUAAACUUAAUGAGCGUAAAGCACUUAUAUUUUUCCAUCCGACCAGUUGUCAUAUUCAGAACCCUGAGAAUGGCUGCAUAGAUGAGGUGAACCCUAUAGCUGGCAUGCCUAGCCCGCUAUUAGAGUUCAUGUUCGACACAACUCGAGCCCUCACAAGUCUUAUCACAUCGGGGACAGUUACUCGAUGCUCUGAUAUUAAAUUCCUGAUAUGUCAUUGUGGCGCAACAUUUCCUCCAAUUCAAGCACGGAUCGCCGAGUUCUCACCACUGCUUCUCAAAAACGGGAAAUCAAUCAAUGGAGAACAGAUCAAAGAGUUAUUACAAGGUCAAUUUUACUUUGAUCUUGCAGGGGUACCAUUUCCUGACCAGAUUCAUGGGCUCCUCCGACAUGUCGACUCCUCCAGGUUGCUAUACGGCAGCGACUACCCUUUCACUCGCGAGUCGCUAGCUAAAUCAUUGGCACAAAGAAUGGAUGAGGGUCUUCUGGUUGAAUUUGGACCUGAAACACAAAAGCGAGUUCUAAUCACGAACGCCGAGGACUUGAUUUCAAAAUUUCAAAAUGAUAUUUAUCCCAAGAAAUUUUAA